GACGCUUGAGCUUGGGGUUUUCACGUAGUGUGGCGGUCCGAGAACACAGCGGUUCGGUUGUUCGAUCCUGCCACCCGCCUGGCACGACACCAUGGGAGUGACUUGUGUGUCCCAGAUGCCUGUAGCUGAGGGCAAGAGUGUCCAGCAGACCGUGGAGCUCCUCACUCGGAAAUUGGAGAUGCUCGGGGCAGAGAAACAAGGAACAUUUUGUGUGGAUUGUGAGACCUACCACACAGCUACUUCUACCCUUGGCAGCCAAGGUCAGUCUGGGAAGCUGAUGUACGUGAUGCACAACUCAGAAUACCCUCUGAGCUGCUUUGCCCUCUUUGAGAACGGCCCGUGCCUUAUUGCCGACACCAACUUCGAUGUGCUUAUGGUGAAACUCAAGGGCUUCUUCCAGAGUGCCAAGGCCAGCAAGAUUGAGACCCGGGGCACCCGUUACCAGUACUGUGACUUCCUAGUGAAGGUGGGCACGGUCACAAUGGGACCGAGUGCCCGCGGCAUCUCCGUGGAGGUGGAAUAUGGCCCCUGUGUGGUCGCUGGUGACUGCUGGAACCUGCUACUGGAGUUUUUACAGAGUUUCCUAGGCAGCCACACACCAGGCGCUCCGGCGGUGUUUGGGAACAGACACGACGCAGUCUAUAGCCCAGCAGACACCAUGGUCCAGUACAUGGAGCUCUUCAACAAGAUCCGGAAGCAGCAGCAGGUGCCGGUGGCUGGGAUUCGGUAACAGCUGCCAGCAGCCCCGGCUGAGCUCCAUCAGGAGGAAUGGGUGCUGCACCCGCAGACCCCUGGGCCCCAGGAACACAGAGACUUCUCUCCCUCUACAUUUCCCAGCUGUGACAUUGGUUCUGGGGCUCUGGACUCCCUCCCUUUGCCCUCACUCACAGCUCCUCAACAGAUGUUUCACCCCAUGCCUUGUGGGACUUGGCCUCUCCUCAAGAACGGUAAUUAUGAAGAGUGGAGAAGUCCGGAGCUUUCCUGCUUUAGGGGAAAAGGUAGGACAGGUGGGGAAAACAUUCUGUACCUCCAGCUCUUGAGAAUUUGGCCUUGGCCCAUGUCAGGCUACAUUUUGUGUGGGGCUGCUCUGUAAUAAAGGUCUCUUCCUUUACUCACAGAAAAUGGCGAGCCUCUCUCCUGGAGAUGGAGGAAGAGGCACAAUUUUUUGAUGGCUGUCAUUUUCUGACAUGUUUGCUGAAGUGAAUCGCAAAUAGACAUUUCUAGGGUGUUGCGUGAAUCCUUCAAAACCUCCCUCUGCCUCUUUCCAUUUGGUUGUGAAUUAUGUUAGGCCACAGGCUAAGCUAUCUUACAAACGGAACUGAAGUGUAGUGGCCCUCAGUAAAAUUGAUCUUUCUCUUGUGAUACACAGAGAUAGUCACAUGGUUCAGGGAAUGUUAUACUCUACAAAGUUUUCAGGACUUGGUUUCCUUCUGUCAUGCUGGUCAGCCACCCCUAGUUUGUUGUCUUACCUCCAAAGUCAGAGCAGACUUAUCUCCAUGUCUACAUUGUACUGGGGAAAGAGAAAGAACAAAAGCUAUUGGUUACUGAUAUCACUAUGGCCACACUUCGUUGAAGGGAGGCUGGGACAUACAGCCUUUCGAUGUGCCUCGUUAAAAGUCAUGGGACUUGUGACUCAUAGAUGAAGGAGAAAAGUGGAUGCUGGGGCCUCCAUACAUAGAGCUCAGUGGAUGUGCCCAGGAAUGUUCUUGGCUUAGUCACGCCUGUACUUUACCUAACGCGUUUGUUUAUGAAUUGGAUGGAGGCACAGCUGGUUCCAGAGCCACUUUCACUUCAGCUGGCUAUAUCCGUCACACUAAAGUCAAUCCUGCGCCCCUUUCCUAAGUUUGGGUAUCAGGGCCUCUCCAGUUUUCACGCGCCCAGAGCUUAGGGUUAGAGCAGUUGACCCUAUAGUGUGUACUGUGCUUCAUGGUUUCCUGAGCUCUUUUCUUCCUCUCAUUUGAGCCUCCGUGGUGCUGACUGGGCCUUUGUUUCCCGCUGCUGACGUGUCCAGUUGGACUAACAGUUAGAAAUUCAGAGGUGGACUUAGGAAAUGUGUUGAUAUACAUACACGCUGCGGAGUACUCAGUAGGCUGUCCUUCGCUGGAGGCAUCUAACUCGAAACUUUUCAAAGCUGAAGCCUCUGCUACAAGGAUCAGCUAGUGGUCCUGUUUUCCUCUGGGUGUGGCUGGCAAGAUGCUCAAUUCAACGUUAAUAACUGCAGGACCCGUCACCAGCAUUUUUGUUCUUACUUCCCCUUGGCUUUUUCAUUUGUUCCUUUGAUUUCAGUUUUGCUUUAACAAAGGUAUGCGUAAGAUAUCACACAAUAAAAUGCAUGGAUCUUAACUAUUUUGGCCUUCUGAUGUAUGUUGAUUUAUUUGUAUUUGUGUAUAGGCCAUCUCGAAUCUCUUAUGAGAUAGCAUAUAAGCAAGAUUUUGAACCAUAACUGUGUUCCUGAAACUUACAGUAACUGAAUGCAUGAAUAGAUACGACUCUAGGAUUACAUAUUAAAAGAGAGAUUCUGUUUCCU